CCUCGGCGCCUGAUUGGUCGGUUGCGUCGUUUGGCGUUUUAGCACAGGAAGUGCAUGGGUGUGUUUCCGAGGGGAGGGUCUUAAAUUGCAUCGACGAACUUCCCUGAAGACACCGCUUCUGCACAUACGCAGGAUGGAGCUGCGACCACUUGUUAUGUGCUUUGCUCUCUGUGUGGUUUACGCCACCAGUAAACCCACAGAGAAGAAGGAACGUGUUCACCACGAUGAACCCCUCAGCAACAGAGAUCACGAUGAUAUGGAGAACUUUGACUAUGACCAUGAAGCCUUUCUGGGACAAGAGGAGGCCAAGACCUUUGACCAGCUCACACCAGAGGAGAGCAAGGAGAGGCUCGGCAUGUUAGUCGAACGUAUAGAUGAGGAUAAGGAUGGCUAUGUGACAGUUGAGGAGAUGAAGAACUGGAUCAAGCAUGCCCAGAAGAGGUGGAUCUACGAUGAUGUGGAUCGACAGUGGCAGAGUCAUGACCUAAAUGGGGACCACGCGGUGUCCUGGGAGGAGUACAAGAAUGCCACAUAUGGAUACAUUCUUGAUGAUCCCGACCCCGAUGAUGGCUUCAGCUACAGGCAGAUGAUGGAUCGUGACGAGAGGAGAUUCAAAAUGGCAGACCAAGACAAUGACAUGAAAGCCAACAAGGAGGAGUUUACAGCCUUCCUUCACCCUGAGGAGUACGACCACAUGAAAGACAUUGUGGUACUGGAAACUAUGGAAGACAUUGACAAGAAUGGAGAUGGUUUAAUAGAUUUAGACGAGUACAUAGGUGACAUGUACAACCAGGAGGGAGACUCUACAGAACCUGAGUGGGUGAAGACAGAGAGGGAACAGUUUACUGAAUUCAGAGACAAAAACAAAGACGGAAAGAUGGACAAGGAGGAGACCAGAGACUGGAUCCUGCCCAAUGACUACGACCAUGCUGACGCUGAGGCCAAGCAUCUGGUCUAUGAGUCAGAUGCAGACAAAGAUGGCCACCUGACCAAGGCAGAAAUCGUGGAUAAGUACGAUCUGUUCGUGGGCAGUCAGGCAACCGAUUUCGGAGAAGCUCUGACUCGACACGACGAGUUCUAACAUCCACCAGCCUCCAAAGACUCUGUUCAUCUUGUGUACCACCUUACUCCUCCAUCAGUGGGUGGAGUAUCUCAAACCAGAUGAGCUAACCUAAUCCAACGCCACGAACAAUAAUUUAUUUGAUCUGUUGAAUGUGUCCCGUUGUGUACACACUAACAUCACACACUGACAGUUUGUCCUCAUGCUCCGUUGUGUCUAAGACUGGGAUAUGUCGUCAGCCUGUACUCUGCUUCCACACACUAAUCUUCCCUUUCCAAGGUCAGGCAAAGGACAAACCGUGUUAGAUGACAAUUUGUUUUUGUUUUUUAUCUGAAAGAAUGAUUUUAUGAAAUUGUUAUGAAACCCUAAGAUCAAGUUUAAGUUUGUAGUAUACAGAAUAGUUUAUCGCACCAUUUAUUUUGGAUUUCACUAGACUGAAGAGUAAAUCUGCUUUCUUGCCAGUAUAAUUUGUUCUACUCCUCUGUCUUAUCAUAUUAUCAGGCCUAAACUGAAAACACCAGUUAUUGAUUCAUUGUAACUCGUUUUUGUGUCAUUGAUCAUAAUGCGGUAAUUCUGGAGUAUAGGGUGUUUGGAACGAGGAGUAAAUAUAAAAUUCCAGUGGCGAAGACUAUUUGGACCAGUGCAAUACAGAAUCAUCAGUGGUACCUCACUGUCUAUACUAAACUUGUCCCCAAAGCAUCCAUGUUAGCACAAGCUGUUGGUCCUCCAUAAGAGUUGUGUGUUGGCUGAAGGAAUCAUGAAUUUCGGAUUUAGGGAUUGAUGGAUUCUUUGUCCACAAAGCUGCCUCAUUUCUUUUUUUUCCUCAUCACCUCAAUAGUGUGUGCAUGGGAAUCUGUGUGUACAUUUAUUACUUGUAGUCUUGAUUACUGACCUAUCCUUUUUUUUUAAUGUUACGUUUUGUUGUAUUCAGCGAAGUUCUGUGCCAAGCGAAAGAAUUUGUCCAGAUUUGUAAGCAGUUUAAAAAAUAUAUAUUUUUCCUGUCAAACCCUAAAUAUGUUUGUUAUGCUUGUAUUAUCCCUAGCACCAUUUAUAACCACUGUUGAGAUUUUUUAUGGUAUACUAUAAUGUAUAUGAUCAUGUUUUUUUACAGGCUCACUGCAGCUACCACCCUUUCACUUGUGACUUUACUGUAAAUAAGUUGUUUGUCUGAAAACUGAGCACUCUAACAAUCAAGUCCAGUUUUUGUGAUUUGAGAAGAAUGUUCUCAAUAAAAACAAACUAAAUUAGAA